CUUCCUUCUGAAACCAUAGACAAACGCAAACGGACAUACCCGCCUCUGCUCUCCACCUUUCUUCAGGCAACAGUCCUCACUCGUCAUCGUCAUCGUCAUCAUCACUUCCUCUAACCCAAAAUUCUUUCUGCAAUAUCCGAAUUUCCAAAAGCAAAAAAGAAAAUUCAUUCUUUAAUAAAUCCAUUAAUUGCCGAAUUUCUCAGCAUUUUUCAAUGGUUCAUAGUGCUUAUGAUACAUUCCAGCUUGUCCAUAAUUCCCCAAUCAAAAUCGACGCAAUCGAAUCCUACGGCUCGAAUUUACUGCUCGCCUGCUCCGAUGGAUCGCUCAGAAUCUACGGUCCAGAAUUCUCCUCCAGUCCCACUUCCGACCGAUCUCCUACCUCCUCCGAUUUCCACCCGCACGAGCUCAAAAAGGAGGCUUAUGCCCUCGACCGAACAAUUAAUGGAUUCUCGAAGAAGCCAAUGCUCGCAAUGGAAGCUCUCAGCUCGCGAGAGCUUUUGCUUUCGCUCUCGGAAUCAAUAUCGUUUCAUCGGUUGCCCAAUUUGGAAACCAUGGCUGUGAUUACGAAAGCGAAAGGGGCAAAUGCUUACUCGUGGGAUGAUCGCCGAGGGUUUUUGUGCUUUGCCCGGCAGAAGAGAGUUUGUAUUUUUAGGCAUGAGGUCGGAAGGGGGUUUAUAGAGGUGAAAGAAUUUGGUGUUCCAGAUACAGUGAAGUCAAUGGCUUGGUGUGGGGAGAAUAUCUGUUUGGGGAUUAGAAGAGAGUAUGUGAUACUAAAUUCAGCAAGUGGUGCAUUGUCUGAGGUGUUUCCUUCAGGGCGGAUUGCUCCACCUCUAGUGGUCUCUCUUCCAACUGGGGAGCUUCUUCUAGGAAAGGAUAACAUUGGAGUGUUUGUUGACCAAAAUGGGAAGCUUCUUCAAGAAGGCCGGAUUUGUUGGUCAGAGGCACCAGCAGUUGUUGUCAUUCAGAAGCCAUAUGCAAUUGGUCUCUUACCAAGACAUGUUGAGAUACGUUCUCUGCGAGACCCCUAUCCACUGAUACAGACAGUGGUCCUCCGAAAUGUUCGUCGUCUCCUUCAAAGUAAUAGUGCUAUAAUUGUUGCACUUGACAACUCUGUUCAUGGAUUAUUUCCUGUUCCUCUUGGUGCACAGAUUGUACAACUAACUGCAUCUGGCAAUUUUGAGGAAGCAUUGGCUUUAUGUAAAUUACUACCACCAGAAGAUUCAAGCCUUCGAGCUGCAAAAGAGCAGUCAAUUCAUAUUAGGUAUGCACACUAUUUGUUUGAGAAUGGGUGCUAUGAGGAGGCCAUGGAACACUUCCUAGCUUCUCAAGUGGAAAUUACUCAUGUGCUUUCUUUGUAUCCAUAUGUUGUUCUUCCAAAAUCAUCCCUAAUCCCUGAGCCAGAGAAGUUUCUUGAUGUUACCGGAGAUGCCUCGUAUCUCUCAAGAGGUUCUUCUGGCAUGUCGGAUGAUAUGGAUUCUCCACCUUCUCAUUUGCUGGAGUCUGAUGAGAAUGCUGAUAUAGAAUCCAAGAAAAUAAGCCACAAUACUCUCAUGGCUCUUAUUAAGUUUUUGCAGAAAAAGAGGUAUAGUAUUAUAGAAAAAGCUGCAGCUGAGGGAACUGAGGAGGUGGUAUUAGAUGCAGUUGGAAGCAACUUCAUUUCUUAUGGAAGUACUCGGGCUAAAAAAGCAAGCAAAGGCAGAGGUAAUGUCCCCAUCAGCUCAGUUGCUAGAGAUUUGGCAGCAAUACUGGAUACUGCGCUGCUUCAAGCUCUGAUUUUAACGGGACAGUCUUCAUCGGCUGUGGAAUUAUUAAAAGGUCUCAACUACUGUGAUGUAAAAAUUUGUGAGGAGUUUUUGCAGAAAUGGAAUCAGUAUGUUGGUUUGUUAGAACUUUACAAAAGGAACGCUAUGCAUCGUGAGGCUCUUAAACUCCUUCAUCAAUUAGUUGAAGAAUCGAAGUCAGAGCAACCGCGGAUGGAACUGUCCCAAAAGUUCAAGCCUGAGAUGAUUAUAGAUUAUCUUAAACCUCUUUGUGGAACUGAACCAAUGCUUGUUCUGGAGUUCUCAAUGCUAGUUCUUGAAAGUUGUCCGGCACAAACUAUUGACCUCUUCUUGUCUGGAAAUAUUCCUGCUGACUUGGUUAACUCUUACUUAAAGCAGCAUGCUCCAGACAUGCAGGCGACAUAUUUGGAACACAUGCUUGCAAUGAAUGAAAAUGGAAUCUCUGGAAGUCUUCAGAAUGAAAUGGUGCAAAUUUAUCUUUCGGAAGUGCUUGAUUGGUAUGCGGAUCUUAAUGCUCAAGGAAAGUGGGAUGAGAAAUCAUACACCCCUCGGAGGAAGAAGUUGUUGUCUGCCUUGGAGAACAUCUCUGGAUAUAAUCCCGAGGUAUUGUUAAAGCGACUCCCACCAGAUGCAUUGAAUGAAGAGCGUGCCAUCCUUCUGGGAAAAAUGAAUCAACAUGAACUUGCACUGUCUAUUUAUGUUCAUAAGCUGCAUGUUCCUGAGUUGGCAUUGGCUUAUUGUGAUCGGGUGUAUGAAUCUGGACUCAAUCAACAAUCAGGAAAGCCUUAUGGCAUAUACCUUACUUUACUGCAAAUCUAUCUGAAUCCACAGAAGACAAUAAAAAACUUCGAAAAGAGAAUCAGUAAUUUGGUAGUGUCUCAGAGCCCUGGUAUUCCAAAGAUUGGACCUGGGCCUUUGGCUAAAACAAAAGGACGAGCAUCUAAAAAAAUUGCAGCGAUUGAGGGUGCUGAGGACAGCCGAAUCAGCCCUAGCAGCACUGACAGUGGAAGGAGUGAUGGUGAUGCAGAUGAUGCAGUUGAAGAAGGAGCUUCUACUAUCAUGCUAGAUCAGGUCCUUGAUCUGUUGAGCCGAAGGUGGGAUCGAAUGCAUGGAGGACAGGCUUUAAAAUUGCUGCCCAAGGAGACUAAGCUACAGAACUUGCUUCCUUUUCUCGGACCUCUUCUCAGAAAAUCAAGUGAAGCAUAUAGAAAUUUUUCGGUGAUCAAGAGUCUAAGAGAGAGUGAAAACCUACAGGUGAAAGAUGAGCUCUACGAGCAAAGGAAGACAGCUGUGAAGAUAACUGGUGACAGCAUGUGUUCUCUUUGCCACAAGAAAAUAGGGACUAGUGUCUUUGCAGUCUUUCCAAAUGGUAAGACCAUUGUGCACUUUGGCUGCUUUAAGGAUUCACAGAAUAUGAAGGCCGUGUCAAAAGGGUCAUCAGCGCGGAAGAGAUGACCACAAGAAUAUGGUCUUGUAUGAACUGUAUAUAUCAACGCACUCUGCACAGCAAGUGAAUCCUGAGCUCAUGUUUUGCUAGUUAGCCAUUCAGGAGGAUUUUUCUUAUUCAGUGCUAUUUCCUGUCAGCAUGAAUUUUUUCUGCGAGUGCUUUAUUCAGCUACAUAGGUUAGAAAAAGACGAGUGACAUAAAGGUUAUUAUCAUCUUAUAUUUAUUUGUUGUACAUUUUUGUAAUGAGAUUGAGAUUUGUUUUCUGGAUGGUGAGGUGCUUGUAAUAUGAGUGGUUUUGAUGUUUGCAAGUCUGCCGGGACGUGAGGAAUUGUGCGCCUGAUGUAAAGUUUCCCGAGCCAUUGGCAUAUUUGUUGUAUAACAUACAGCUUGCUUCAGAGAAAA